AGAUAAAUUUACCUGUCGCACAUGUGUCUUAUCUCUACCAAUAAAAAAUAAAAAAUUAAAUUUAUUCAUAUACUCAACAAUUAGCGUUAUCAAGACAUUUAAUAACAGUUUAGCAAAAACUUAAUAUCUUAAUCGUAUUUUUUAUUGCUUUAUAAUUUGACAUCUUGAAUCUUUUGACAGUUGUGAAUUAUUUUGAUCGUAAUUUUUGAGUGGAAUAUAUUCGGAAUUUAUUAAAAAUAUGCUAUAAAAAAAUGGACAGUGAAGAAAAUAAAAAAAUAAAAGAAAAGUGUCUUCUGAGAGUUCUAGAUGAACUUGGAGAAGGUUCAAAACUUCUCUGGAUGGUUUUUACCGCUAGUAUAUUAGCACCACUUAUAAGUGGAAUGCAUUCAAUGUCUUAUGUAUUCGUCUCUGAGAUACCCGAACACUGGUGUUCCAUCAAAGAAUUUCAAAAGUCCAACUGGACAGCCGAGGAGAUAAAAAAUAUUUCUAGAGUUAAUGAGUGUCAUAUAUAUGAUUAUAAUUAUACAAAUCUGGCAAAUUUAAAUUAUGAAGACGCCGAAAAAUAUGUGAAAGAUCUGAAACACAAUGCAAGUAUUGUUCCUUGUUUAUCGUUCGUUUUUGACAUGAGUAAAAGGUCGACGAUUGUUAGUGAAUGGGAAUUAGUCUGCGAUAAAUAUUUAUAUCGAGGAAAUAUCUUUUCCGCUUAUGUACUAGGAAGACUAUUGGGAAACGGAUUUUUGGGGAUAUAUUCUGACAAAUACGGAAGAAAAAAAGCAUUAAUAAUUGGAUUGAUCUUACAAAUAAUUGCAGUACCGGCAAGUGCGGUAUUACCAUGGUAUUGGGCUUUUGUUUUUUGUAAACUUAUAAUUGGCAUAAGUGUGGGCGCUUCUUAUUCAUCGGCAUAUACACUUUUAUCGGAAGUUGCAGUCGACAAAAGAAGAAAACUUCUUGGGACUUUUUUCGAUAUUCAAUACCCUAUUGCCACUUGGAUUGUUUUAAGUAUUUCAUACUUUCUAUACGAUUGGAGAAACUUACAACUGGCAUUAACAUUAUUUACCAUUCCAAUGAUUAUUUUUGUUUGGUUCAUUCCAGAGUCGCCAAGGUGGCUUAUUUCUCAGAAUCGCCACGAUGAAGCACAAAAAAUAAUAGAAAAAUAUCGGAAAGUUUUCGUUACACCAGCGCUGAUUGCGACACCAUCGCUCGAAAUUGAAAUAAAAGAAAAUAAAAAAGAUGAAAAUUCAACUCAACAAUAUUUUAAAAGUGUGAAAAUUCUUUUCUCAGAUCCAAAUUUACGAAAUAAAUUGUUAACAAUGUAUUACUUGUUCUUCGUGACUAUUUCUGUUAGCUAUUGUUUGGUCUUCAGUAUUGAUACUUUUAAAGCCAAUCGUUACAUUUAUAUGGCAUCUGUAGCAGCUACUCAGGUAGUGGCUCUCUUGACAACUUCAGUUAUCCUUCUAUUUUUAAGCUCUAAAAGAGCAACUAUUUCUAUUUAUCUCUUCGCGACGACUUGUCUAUUAACAAUUGUAGCCAUUCCGAAAGUAAACAUCAACAUAAUUAUGGGACUCACAGUGAUUUCUAAGUUCUGUUUAACAGCAAGUUUUACGACCACUAUGUUAUUUGCUUCAGAAUUAUUUCCUCCAGGCGUUAGGAACACAGCAUUUGGAACUAGCUUAGUUGUGGGGCAAAUAGGCACCAUGGGAGCACCUUAUUUCGUAGAUUUACUAAGCGAAGUAGCUUGGUGGGCUCCAAUGAGUCUUUGCGGUAUUUUGAUACUUUUAGCUGGAUUCUUUUGUUCCAUUAUUUCUGUUUAAAGAAUCAUUUGUAAAGACUUAAGUCGCAAAAUUUUAAUAGAAAGAAUGUAUUAAAUUUUUAUUGUGCCUACAUUAAA